UUGAUGAUCGCCUGCGUCAGUCCCGCGGACUUUAAUGUGUCCGAGACCUUGAGCACCUUGCGCUAUGCGGAUCGUGCGCUGCAGAUCAAAAACAAGCCGGUGGUUAAUAUGGAUCCCCAUGCGGCCGAGAUCAAUGCGCUUCAGGACAUCAUACAGAAGCUGCGCGCUGUUCCACCACCACUUGGCAGGGCCAUUUCCGCACAUCAAUUCAGCCCCAAGCUAGACAGAAGGUAUGGAAUGGAAUACAACACGAUGUGCUAUUUACGUUUAUGAUUUUAAUGACGCAAAAUCAUAAACGUAAAUGGCGCAUCGUGUUGGGUCGGGAUCCGAUGGAUGAUCCACAGGCGGUUUCCCUUUCUACCUAAAAGAAUUUACUAGGCAUGCGGAACGUGAGCACAAUAUCCGAAGCAUUGAAUGUUAGACAGUUUUUCGCCCCAAAUUCUUGUUUUCUUCACUUUACAAUACAUUAAUGUACACAUUUUAAAUAAUAA